AUGCUCAGGGCGGCGGAGCCCCGAGCGGCCCGGGGGGAGGCGGGUGGCCGCGGUCCCUGGGCAGCGCCGCCCACGCAGUCCAAGCGGCUCACCUCGUUCCUCAUCCAAGACAUCCUGCGAGACCGCGCGGAGCGGCGCGGGGGACACGCGGGCAGCCCGCAGCGCCAGCGCCAGUGCCAGCGCCAGCCGGACCCUAGGAGGAGCCCCGAGCUAGAACCCGAGGAAGCAGGAGGUCGCGGGGCUCUGGGGGACCCGCCAAGUAUCCGGCCCAGCCCCGCAGAGACGCCGGCUCAGCCCGAGUCAGAUGGACAUUUUGAGACUUAUGUGUUGGACUGUGAGCACACUCCAGGAGACUUGUCAAGCGUCCCCCAGGUCACCAAGCAGCCGCAGAAGCGUUCCCGAGCUGCCUUCUCUCACACUCAGGUCAUUGAGUUGGAGAGGAAGUUCAGCCAUCAGAAGUACUUGUCUGCCCCUGAAAGGGCUCACCUGGCCAAGAACCUCAAACUCACCGAAACCCAAGUGAAAAUAUGGUUCCAGAACAGACGCUAUAAGACUAAGCGGAAGCAGCUGUCGGAAGACCUGGGAGUCUCCUUGCCCGUCCUGAAAGAAGGCAGCCUGUCCAGCACCUCACUGGUUUCCAUGUAUACCAGCUACCCCUACUACCCCUACCUUUACUGUCUGGGCAGCUGGUGUCCAACUUUCUGGUAACAGCAGCUCAGAUGACAACUGUGUAGAUCAGAAACUGCCUUCCCCCGGGGGGUUCUGGGAAAAAGCCAGAGUGGCUGAGGUCAAGGAGUCGGGAGCAAGGAGUGUGCACACCCAAACUGUUAGGGGUUCCCAGGGAAUACUCCAGUUCUUCUCUGAUGGUUCCAGCGAGAGAUCUGGGGCAGCUAUUUUAGUCUCUAGUCACAGUUCCAUGUGUUCUGUAGGUCACUGCUGUCGGCUCCCGGUUUAGAGAGAGCCAGGCAAGUUCAAGUCUGUUUCCAGAGCUUAGGGUGGCUAUCGAUGGAAUGGCUACGUCAUUCCUAAGAAUCCUGUUGCUGAAACUCCAUCCUCUUUCGUAACUAUGAAAGGGCCAAACAAAGGGAGGGAUGACCCCUUAGAUGAAGGUGUCCUCUUGAAUUAAAACGUCUUUUGGGUUAAAAAGUCUUUUGUUGGCCUUGGACUAUAGCCAGGGUUUCUCUCUGCCCGUGUAAAAGUGAGGGUAAGUGGAAGAUUUGAAGAAGAAGGAAAACAAAACAAACAAUAACAACAAAAACCCUUAGUGAUGGAGAGGCAGGUUGGCCCUGGACACCAAGGAGGUGGAAGGCGGCAUUCUCAGCCUCUUAGCCGGGCAGCCUGAGUGGGGCAGGAUGCACACGCUGAGGGGCUUAAGACAAGCUGUGUCAACAGUUUGCCUGCAGGGGUAGGCUUCAAAACAGUCUCUUCCUGUCCAAGACAAGGCCCUGGGGGCGUGGGGUUUCCCUGUCCAGGUGAGUGCCUUCACCCUGACUUUUAUACCAGCGCAAUAAGGCCUCUGCCUACACCCUUCCUGCCUUCCUGGGGUCAGGACAGCUUUCGGGUCUGAAUUCACGAUUCUUAUGAAGUGAAUUAAGAGGUGUCAUCAUUUUUGAACAAAGGAUCUUCCUUCCCUUUUAUUUUUAUGUUGUUUUUUUCCCCUACAGAACUCAGCUCAGGCUUUUAAAAUCUAUGCAUGUGUGUCUUAUUUAGCCUAAGAUGUGUUGCUCCCCUCCCCCCAAGUUGUAAAACAACUAACUAGUUGCAGACAGAUCAUGAUUUGACCAAACAACAUACUUUUUUUUUUUUUUUUUAACCAGCAACUCCUGUUUCUUCCCUUCAAAAAUACCCAGCAUUCAAUCCCAAGCCCCAUGGAAAGAGAGCUGACGAUCACAGCUUCCCUCACAGGACUUUCUGCUGGCUGUGUGUGUUACAGUUCAAAGGCUGACAGAUGUUGGGGUGCUGGGGAUCCCCACAGGCAGAGGAGGUUGGGAGGGUCUGGUUUUCUCGAAGAAGGAAGAACAGGACAAAAGAAAGGGCUGCCGCUGCUGAGGCGUCUAGGAGAGAUGGAGGGGACCUGGGCAGGGCAGGGCCGUCAGCCAGGCCAACCAGCAAGCAGGGGGCUAAUAGCUUUGCAGGAAUAUGCUAUGAGGGUAGGGAAAGUGUAUCCAAAAUGCAGCAUCAUGGCGGCUUCUAUCCACAGACAAAUGUGUAAAUGCUUUGGAGAACUGUGCGCGGUGACUUACCUAAAACAGUAAGAGUGAAAGUGCCCUUUUAUUUCCACCCUGUUAUGUCAGGUAACCUGCCAAACGGGAGAUGUGAGAGGUGGGAACAUGACUAUUACAAAUGAGACUUUGUGGGGCCAGGAAAUCCCUUUAUCCCACCACUCAGUUCUGUGCCUUGAGAAAUCUUUUAAUUUCCUCCUUUUAAAUGGGCCAAUUUACUGUUGGGGGCAAAAUUGCCAAAGGAAGUUGAUAGAAAGUUGGCUGCAUGCACCCUGUUCUUUUACAGCACCGGGGCCCCCCAUGUGAAGUAUUGUUCGGUGCGCCUUGUGGCUGAUUGCUGUGGCAGCGUUAGACCACACAAAAGGCAGAGGAGUCCAAUUCACUUCUCUUUAUCCAGCUUUUAAAGUCACCGGUACUCCAAAUGGAAUCCUUUUCAGCAUGGGUAUAGUCAGGAGAGGCUUGUGUUUAGAAUUAUUUUGGGGGGUCCAGCUCCAUUUUGCCUUCUCCCCACUGGAACUAGUCAUUCACCCACACCUCAACUGGGGAAACAGAAGCUGUUGACUCCCAACACGUGAAUGGGAAGGUGCUUUCAGCCAUAUCACCUGAGUCUACCCUGCGUUGUAAGUCAUUAGUUAGCAAAGUCCACUCUGCCCUGUAACAGUAAAGUUCUGUGGCUUGAAGUUUGGUAGACCACCCUAAUCAAACUUUAUUUUUCUAUGUAUUUCAU